UCACCGCCCAACACCGUUUUCUGGUUUCGCGAGCGGCUCCACACUCGAAAACCCUAGGUGAGAGCGAUUGACAGAGGUUAAAAAUGGUUCAACGACUAACAUAUCGGAAACGUCACAGCUAUGCCACCAAAUCGAACCAACAUCGGAUCGUCAAAACGCCCGGUGGAAAAUUGGUGUACCAGACCACAAAGAAGAGAGCAAGUGGUCCUAAGUGCCCUGUUACUGGCAAGAGGAUUCAAGGGAUCCCACACUUGAGACCUGCUGAAUAUAAGAGGUCAAGAUUAGCACGUAACAGGAGGACUGUGAACCGGGCUUAUGGUGGUGUGCUGUCUGGUGGUGCUGUUAGAGAGAGAAUUAUUCGAGCAUUUUUGGUUGAAGAGCAAAAGAUUGUGAAAAAGGUCUUGAAGAUUCAGAAGGCAAAGGAAAAGCAAGCCUCUAGAAGUUAAGAUUGAAAUAUCCAAUGUCUUGGAUGAUUUAUGGAAACAGCCAAUGUUAGUGAUUAAAGAAAAGUACUGAGGGCAUUCCAAUUUGAAUCUUGUAUUUUGUUUUUGGUUUGUGUGAACUAUUUUUCUAAGCUUUAUUUAGGAGUUACACUGCAAUUUUGUUCGGUUUUUUUUUUAUUUUUUAUUUUAUCUUUGAUGCUUUCUUGAAGUCUUUCUUGGUUGACAUGUCUAAUGAUAUUACGUGGUUAUUGCUAUUACUGGGAUAUUUACAAGUUGUA